CAGACUCGACUGCAGGCCCAGGCCCAGGCCCAGGCCCAGACCUUGGGCCAGGGCCAAGGUCUGCAGAUCAACUUCAAGCUGCUUCUUCAAAGUUCUUGAAGUGAGGGCUAUUAAAUCAAACUUUCAAACUUUUCGAAAGAUCAUUCACUGCUCCAGACCAUUCGUCGCUGCCUCGUAUCCAUCAAACAAAAUGGACCUUUCGGUCUUAUAGCGCAUUCUGAUCCCCUCCCCAAUGCCAACACGGAACCAAGUGUUUAGGAGCUAUGGCACCCAAGAAGAAAGUAAGCAUAAGGCUGCCCAAAAGAAAGAAGUCGGCUCCAAAUCCUCUUCCCACCGCCCCUUCCCCGAAAGCACUUUUGGAUCAGCUCUUUGAGGUAAUUUUGUCAGACAGGGAGCACCCAAGUCUAACACCAUUCUCCAAUGACGACUCACCAGAAGAGGAAACCAAGAAGGAUGGCGUCAAUGAGCACCUUGGGCGGCUCUUCGCCUUUGCCAGGACGCUCCGCCUCGAUAGCUCGAUCGGCCCGGGGAUCCCCCUGGGGCUCUCAAAGGAGGACGUCAUUGCUGAGCUCGACGUGCGGGUGGCAAGUCUUUUGGAUCCUGUGAAACAAUUCAUGGUUGACCAGGAGGACUGCGUGUUUGCAAUUCGCAGCGGGUUGGGCGUUCCCCGGGCUCCUUACUAUCUCCCAAAAGACAAGCCGCAGCCUGCGCCAGUCAAGGAAAGCAGCCCCCUGGCGCGGUUUGACCCACAUUAUGCAGCGGGGGCGGCAGUGGGGAGUGAGGCAGCGGAGAAUGUUUACCAGGGCCGGUGUGACGUGUACUGGGAUCGGUGUGUCCCGCAGUGUUCGACGGGGGCGAGCUUUGACGGGGGUAUCAUUGCUAUUAAUGGGGGUAUGGGACAUCGGCAUGGCUCCCCCUACAUGGAGGUCUAUAACUAUGCAGAAGACGCGCCGGAGAUUCCCUCAUGGGAGAAGGGCAUCUUUCCAAAAGUCUACCGGGCAGACAAUGGGUUCUGGCAACCAGGCCUUGCCACGAGCAUUGACUCGACACGCAACCUCCUGUGGUGCGCCGGGGACGAGCGAAUCAAGGCCUUCCACGUGGCAAAGAUCGACCACGACGACCUCCCGUGUAAAUACACUCUGCACAUGGGGAGCACAGCCAAUGGCGUCGCGGCGAUCGAUCGGCUGGAAGAGCACGGGAGCGACGUCAGCGGCAGGCUGCUUGACGACAUGGAUGAUGAGGACGAGGCGGAGCUGACCCCGGAACAGAGGACUAUUGUGAAGGACUCGGGAAAGCACGUCGAUUGGUCCGACAACAAUUGCCUCGCUUCCACCACCAGAUAA